AUGCCGGUGCCUGCCGCAUCCUUGCUGGACGAGCAUGGUGCACCGCGGCAGAACUUCCCGACGAACGCGGUGUAUACAUCGAAAUACACCGCUGUGACUUUUCUGCCCAAGACUCUUUUCGAGCAGUUCCGCCGUGUCGCCAAUCUGUAUUUCCUCGGGCUCACCAUCCUUCAGUUCUUCCCAAAAUACACUACCAUGAACCCAUUCGUCUCUGCGCUCCCGCUGGUGGUCAUUGUUGGGUUGACGAUAGUCAAAGAUGGAUUUGAGGAUUGGAAGCGACAUCAAAGCGAUGCAGAGAUGAACGCCACGGAAGCUUGUUGCCUUCGAGGCAGCGGAUGGCGAAAUUCGAACGAACCGUUCUUUCAUCGGCGGCAAAAGUCGAAAAAGUUUUUGGAAACCAGGAGAAAAAGUGGCCGAAUAUCACCUUCCGGGCCGUCGUUGAAUGGGAUCAACCGUCAGCACAAACUAGGAUCGACUGACGGGACUGCGGAUAACAGUAUCGAAAAGGCUGAAGAGGGAACUCAUGUGGAUGGAAAGCCUGCCCCUCCUCCAGGAACGCUGAACUGGGCAGGCACGCCAUGGUCGGAUAUUGAGACGGGCGAUCUCAUUUUGUUGAAAAACGACACCGCCAUACCCGCGGACGUCUUGAUCCUGGCUACAUCCGAGCCAGAAGGGCUGUGCUAUGUGGAAACCAAGAAUUUGGAUGGAGAGACGAACCUCAAGAUCCGGCAAGGUGUUCCAUAUACCUCACAAUACCUGGAUUCCGAGGAUCUCGAAACUCUGGGGAAUCUGCGAUGCAUAGUGACGUGCGAGAAGCCCAACAACAGCCUCUAUACGUUUACGGGGACGCUGGCCGUGCUCAAAGACGAUAGUGCUAAAGACAGCUCACCGCUAUUGGUCCCGCUAUCAAUCAUGAACGUCCUCCUUCGUGGAUGCUAUCUCCGAAAUACUGAGUGGGCCGUUGGACUGGUGUUGCAAACCGGGGCAUCAACAAAGAUCCGGCAAAAUUCUGGGAAGACUCCUAUGAAACGGUCAAACACAGAGGGGAAAAUGAACACGCAGGUGUUGGUGAACCUCGGUGUUCUGUUCCUGCUCUGCCUCACUACAUGCAUAGUGAAUCCGCUUUGGGAACGAUCUUGGUCGGAAAAAUCGCCUCUGUGGCUGGACUGGACCUAUAUUCACUUUGUGGGCCUCGCGGAGGCUGCUUUUGACGCAUUCUGGAAUAGCAUUAUCAUCUAUCAAAAUGUCGUUCCGCUUUCCUUGUAUAUAACCAUCGAAAUUGUAAAAACAGCGCAGGCAUAUUUCAUUUACGAGGACAUGGACAUGUUCUAUCCGCCCACGCAUCGCUGCAUACCCCGCAGCUGGGCGAUCGCGGACGAUCUCGGGCAAAUCGAUUACGUGUUUUCCGACAAAACCGGAACGCUCACCCGAAACAUCAUGGAGUUUAAAAAAUUCAGCGUGUCUGGCGUAGUGUACGGUGAAGGGAUCGGGCAGGUGGAGCAGGGAGAUGGUGGGGAGAUGUGUGUAGUCGAUGUGGAUAACAAUGGGAAAGCUGCGAAGCCGGCGUUUUGGGAUUCCCUCUUGGGCCUUCAUAUGUCGAUGCCGGAUACCACUCAGUAUGCUGCGAUUGGAGAGCUGUUCACCGCUCUGGCCAUCUGUCAUUCGGUCCUGGUGUCCAAAGAUGACAACGGUGACCCAGUGUAUAAGGCGUCCUCUCCAGACGAAGCUGCCCUGGUGGACGCUGCACGGCUCGCAGGAUACACAUUUGUCGGCCGCGACAACACGACCAUGACGGUCCGCCUGCCCGACGGCUCCAUGAAAAAGUACGAGUUGAUGAAUGUGCUGGAAUUCAACUCUACGAGAAAGCGGAUGAGCGUCAUUGUGCGGACGCCGGAGAAGCAGCUGUGGCUCAUUUGCAAAGGGGCCGACUCUGUUAUCUGGCCGAGAUUGACCGACGGACAGGAGACGGUGAAGGCGGUGACGGAGAAGCAUUUGGAGUACUUUGCUGAAGAAGGCUUGCGAACCCUCUCCGUUGCUGGAACUAUCCUUGCUGAAGAGGCCUACCUCAAAUGGAUGGAAGCUUAUCAAGCUGCCACCGUUGCGUUGGACAACCGUGAAUCACGGACUGACGCAGUGACUGAAGAAAUCGAGCGCAAUAUGCAACUGAUCGGAGCGACAGCGAUUGAGGACAAGCUGCAAGAUGGCGUUCCGGAAUGCAUAGCCACUUUGAUGAGCGCGGGGAUCAAAGUGUGGGUACUGACAGGGGACAAGCUGGAGACUGCUAUCAACAUCGGCCUAUCAUGCAAUUUGCUGACACGGGAUAUGCACCUUAUCCUCGUGCGCGGGGAAGAUGGAGACCAGGGCGAAGGCGCCGUAGAUGCUGUCACAUCGCAGCUGGAGCAUGCACUGCAGAACUUUUUCCAACAGCAACAUUCACGAACAGCGACGCAACCACAGUUCCAGAAAAAUCUGGGCGCAGACCUUGAAGAAGGUGGACAUAUAUCCGGUAGCCAAAAGCUCAACGUGACAGACCCGAAGGCGCAACCAGGCGGGACAGGGAACCCGCCAGCAGCAGAGGGCGAGUCGUACGGACUCGUCAUUGACGGAGCAGCUCUUUUAUCAACGCUUCACAACGAGAAGGCGCGCACUCUACUCCUAAAGCUGGCAACUCUAUGUUCAUCGGUCAUUUGCUGUCGGGUCUCUCCCCUGCAAAAAGCACAGAUCGUCAAUUUGGUCAAGACCAACCAGAAAGCUAUGUGUCUUGCUAUCGGCGACGGAGCGAAUGAUGUCAGCAUGAUCCAGGCAGCCCACAUUGGCAUCGGAAUUGCGGGCGAGGAAGGCCUUCAAGCUGCCAUGGCAUCUGACUAUGCCAUCGCGCAAUUCAGGUUCCUGAGCAAGCUGCUGCUGGUACAUGGGCGGUGGUCGUAUCGUCGAACGGCGGACAUGAUCCUGUGUUUCUUCUUCAAAAACAUCAUAUGGGUGAUGGUCCUGUUUUGGUAUCAGAUCUACUGUGGGUUCUCGGCGCAGGCGAUAUACGACUCCACGUAUACUUUGCUGUAUAACGUGGUUUUUACCGCCCUACCCGUCAUCACCCUCGGUGUGUUCGACCAAGAUAUCUUAGCCAAAUACGCUCUGGUAGUUCCACCCGUGUACCAAAGCGCUCGUCAAUGGACGUUUUCCUAUUGGCGGUUCGUCGGCUACAUGCUUGACGCGUUCUAUCAAUCUUUGAUCAUCAUCUUCAUGGUCAAAGGAGGCAUGGACAGCGAUGCAUCUAUGUGGAAGAGCGGCAGAGCUUCGGAUCUUAUGGUGAUGGGGACCACAGCGGCCAUCACAGCUGUCAUCAACGCAAACUUGGUGGUGGUCGUGAACACCAACUCGUUCAGUUGGAUAACGUGGCUCGCAUACAGCAUUUCGGAAGCUAUCGUUGUCGCUUGGACGCUGCUAUACUCCUUCUUCCCGGGUUCCACAUUGUGGGGUAUUAUUGGCGAGCUCGUAUCGACGGCAUCGUUUUGGCUCACCUUCGCUCUGAUCACGGUCCUAUGUCAGCUGCCAAAGUUGGCCAUCAAGUAUGGAUGGAGAAUACUCUGGCCUACCGACACCGAGUUGGUACAG